AAUCCUAAUUAUACGCAUAAAAGAAAAUUGGUUGGAAAAACUAAGAUAAGAGUUAUUGAUUUGGUGUGUUAAAAAUCAGACAGCGAGCUCUACACUAUCAAAAUGUGCUUGAUUCCAAUCCUCGGAUGCAAAAUCCAAAAUCUGGAGUUUAUUGUGCAGUGCUACUGCGAGUUUUAGAUGCUUCCGAAUUUUGUGUGCGCACCAAAAGCUGUUAGAAUUUGGACUUUUUAAGCUGGAGUAGUUGCGAAAUGAUUUUUUAAUCACUCUAAGCACCAACCAAACCCCACCAAUAAUAGAGCAUCACAUGUCACCACCCUACAUAGCGUAAGUAGGACAAAAUAUAGACUUUUGUUGCACCAUCUUGAAUAGACUUAUUAACUUGCUUCCUAUUGGUUUUGCAUUUCGAAUUCGAUUUUCCAAUGGUACUAAUUCAGUUUGGUUUUUCAAAAAAAUUUGAAUAAUUAUUUUGAUUCAGUUUCGUCACCGCGUCAUUGCAAGAGCAGGAAUCUAAUGUCUAGUUGAGAGAGAGUGGUUUUAAAGAUGAGUGAGGAAGGGUCAAAACCUCUUAUUGAUCAUGAUCAUGAUCAAGAUGAAGAUCAAGAUUUUCUGGAGGAAGUAAAGCAUCAGCUGCAAUUGGCAGUACCGCUAAUAACAGUAAACAUACUUCUCUACUGUUUACAAGUGAUCUCUUUGAUGUUUGUUGGUCACCUUGGUGAAUUGCAACUCUCCGGCGCUUCUGUAGCAACUUCUUUCGCUGCAGUCAGUGGCUUCAGCGUCUUGCUAGGAAUGGGGAGUGCGUUAGAAACUCUGUGUGGCCAAGCUUAUGGUGCGAAGCUGUACCAAAUGCUCGGUGUUUAUACUCAACGAGGCGUUGUGGUCGUUCUAGCUUUGAGCGUUGGCCUUGCAGUUGUGUGGUACAACACCAGCUUCAUUCUGGUUGGUCUAGGCCAAGAUCACGACAUCUCUGCUGAAGCCGGCGUGUUCAAUCGUUGGAUGAUACCCAGCCUCUUCGCAUAUGGCAUCCUCCAAUGUCUCAUCAGGUUUCUGCAGACACAAAACAUUGUACUUCCAAUGGUGGUAACCUCUGCAGUUACUAGUGUGUUCCAUGUGUUCUUGUGCUGGCUGCUUGUGUUCAAACUCGAGUUUGGAAGUCGAGGGGCUGCAAUGGCGACUGUUGCCUCGUACUGGAUCAAUGUGGUGUUGCUGGCAUUGUAUGUCAACUUCUCCUCAGCCUGUGCAGAGUGUUUCACUGGUUUCUCAAGAGAAGCUUUUCAUGAUAUAGUUGGGUUUCUGAGGCUUGCAGUUCCUUCAGCUCUCAUGAUAUGCUUGGAAUACUGGUCAUUUGAAAUGGUCGUUAUUCUAUCUGGACUUCUUCCGAACCCAACUCUGGAGACAUCAGUACUAUCAAUAAGCCUCAAUACCUGCUGGAUGGUGUAUAUGAUAUCUGUUGGUCUUGGAGGUGCAGUCAGCACAAGAGUGUCAAACGAACUGGGAGCUGGAAAUGCAGCUCGCGCUCGUCUUGCUGUAUAUGUAGCAGCAGCAAUUGCUGCCUCAGAAGGAGUGGUCAUCGGAGCAAUCACAGUUUUGGUUAGAAAUGUCUGGGGAAAGCUGUACAGCGACGAAGAGGAAGUGAUUGUAUAUGUGGCCAGAAUCCUGCCCUUGUUGGCACUAUCGGACUUCUUGGAUGGUUUCCAGUGUGUGCUAUCAGGAGCUGCUAGAGGGUGUGGAUGGCAAACUUUGUGUGCAGUCGUCAAUCUUGGGGCUUACUAUGUAGUAGCCAUUCCUUGUGCUGUGCUGCUUGCCUUCGUCUUUCACCUCGGGGGCAUGGGCCUUUGGAUGGGGAUCAUAUGCGGGCUUUUAGUUCAAGCUGUGGUUUUGAUCGUAAUAAAUAUACGCACUAAUUGGGAUGAUGAGGUGACAAAGGCUGUAAAUCGAGUUCAAGCAACUUAGGGAAUGGAUUCAUAUUGAAGCUGCAAUGUCCCAAGCCAAACAUUAUGGAAGAAUUUAUCCAUUAUACACUGUAAUUAGUGUAUAGCACAUGUAGAAUUGCUGGA